CGGGGUUUGGUGUGGCACCACUUGGGACUUGUUGCAACUCGUUCCCGCACCAGCCCUCACUGGGCUCCGCACCCAGGCCCGGGGAGGCGCGGUCGGGGCGGGAGUCAGCUUCCCUCCGCCGACCUGACGCUCUGCAGAUACCCAGAUACCUCUCAUCAGUGCACCAAUGGACAUUUGAAAGUGCUGUUGUCAGAUGCUUGGAAUCAUGGAAACCUCAUCGAUGCUGUCCUCAUUGAAUGAUGAGUGUAAAUCAGACAAUUACAUUGAGCCUCACUACAAGGAAUGGUAUCGAGUAGCCAUUGAUGCACUCAUUGAACAUGGGUUAGAAGCAUACCAAGAAUUUCUUGCCAAGGAACGAGUAUCAGAGUUUCUAGCUGAGGAAGAAAUUAAUUAUAUUCUGAAAAAUGUCCAGAAAGUUGCACAAACUACGGCUCACGGUACUGAUAACUCCUAUGACGAUACCUCAUCUUCAGGGACUUACUGGCCCAUUGAGUCCGAUGUGGAAGCUCCAAAUCUUGACUUGGGCUGGCCGUAUGUGAUGCCAGGACUCUUGGGGGGCACCCAUAUAGACCUCCUCUUUCAUCCACCGAGAGCACAAUUACUUACAAUUAAGGAAACUAUUCGGAAGAUGAUCAAAGAAGCAAGAAAGGUCAUUGCUUUAGUGAUGGAUAUAUUUACAGAUGUGGACAUUUUCAAAGAAAUAGUGGAGGCAUCAACUCGAGGGAUAUCUAUAUACAUUCUGCUUGAUGAGUCCAACUUUAAUCAUUUCCUAAAUAUGACUGAAAAACAGGGCUGUCAAGUUCAACGACUAAGGAAUAUUCGAGUGCGGACAGUAAAAGGCCAAGAUUAUCUUUCCAAAACAGGAGCAAAAUUUCAUGGAAAAUUGGAACAGAAAUUUUUGUUAAUUGACUGCCAGAAAGUUAUGUAUGGUUCCUACAGCUACAUGUGGUCAUUUGAAAAAGCUCACCUCAGCAUGGUUCAGAUAAUCACAGGACAGCUUGUUGAGUCCUUUGAUGAAGAAUUUCGAACUCUCUAUGCCAGAUCCUGUGUCCCCAGUUCAUUUGCUCAGGAAGAAUCAGCCAGGGUGAAGCAUGGCAAAGCACUCUGGGAGAAUGGCACCUACCAGCGUUCACUUUCUUCAUUAGCUUCUGUUUCCAGCCAAAGAAACCUUUUUGGCAGACAAGACAAGAUUCAUAAACUAGAAUCCGGUUACUUCAAAAACAGAGGGAUAUAUACUCUAAAUGAACAUGACAAAUAUAGCAUAAGAAAUCAUGGAUACAAGCCUCAUUUUAUUCCAAACUUUAAUGGUCCAAAUACAGUUCGUCAGUAUCAAUCCAGUCAGAUAAAUGAAAAUUGGAAGAGGCAUAGUUAUGCUGGAGAACAGCCGGAAACAGCACCAUACCUACUUCUUAACAGGGCUCUGAAUCGAAACAUUAAUCCGCCAGGUAACUGGAAAAAGCCUUCAGAUAGUCUCAGUGUGGCUUCCUCAGCGCGAGGAGGCUAUGUGAGCCGCCAAAACACACCUGCCCAGAGUUUUGCGGAUCGGCUCGCCCAGAGAAAAACAACAAAUCUUGCAGAGAGGAACUCAAACGUACGGAGGUCUUUUAACGGGACAGAUAAUCAUAUUCGCUUUUUGCAACAACGAAUGCCAACCCUUGAACAUACCACAAAGUCCUUCUUGCGUAACUGGAGAAUUGAAUCCUACUUAAAUGAUCACUCAGAAGCUGCACCUGAUUCAAACGGGUCAGCUCUAGGUGACCGGUUUGAGGGCUAUGAUAGUUCUGAAAAUUUGAAAGCCAGUGCUCAUUAUACUCAUUCUCGGCUUCGUUCCUCUUUUGUGUUUAAACCAACAUUACCUGAACAGCAGGAGGUGAACAGUUGCACGACCGGCUCCUCAAAUUCAACUGUCAUCGGUUCCCAGGGAAGUGACACACCUAAGGAGGUCCCGGAUACCCCCACGAGCGGACAGCACGGGAUGGACAAACCUGUGCCAGAAUCAAGCCCCAAGCUCCCACUGCAGUCAGAGGCACCACAAAUGCACACUUUGCAGGUUCCUGAAAACCACUCCCCAGUCUUAAAUCAAGCUACAAAUGGCCACACGGAGGCCAACAACUAUUUAUAUACAUCCUUGUGUGUAAAUAAGCAGACAGAAAAUCUAAAGAAUCAACAAAAUGAAAAUGUGCUCAAACGGCGCAGUUUCCCAUUCUUAGACCACUCAAAAGCCAACUUAGAUCAUGGACAUAGUAAGCAUUACGUAUAUAGCACACUUACCAGGAAUCGAGUUAGACAACCAGAAAAACCCAAAGAAGAUUUGCUGAAAAGUUCUAAAAGCAUGCACAACGUGACCCAGAGCACAGAAGAGGACAGGGAGGUCAUUAAGAGACAGCCUCCCAGCGUCCCCACAACCAAAUCAAUUUCCGUCGCUGCUUUGCUUGAUAUGAAUAAAGAUGAACCUAGCAAAGAACUCACUUCAAAGAAGGAAGUUAAGGGCUCUCCAAGUUUUUUGAAAAAGGGAUCUCAGAAGUUAAGGUCUUUACUUAGUCUUACCCCAGAGAAGAGAGAAAAUCUCUCCAAAAAUAAAGCACCUGCCUUCUACAGAAUGUGUAGUAGUUCUGACACUUUAGUUUCUGAGGCUGAAGAGAAUCAGAAACCAAAAAAAUCAGAACCAAAAUCUGAUUCAUCUCCUAGAAGAAAGCGUUCUUCCUCAUCAAACUCUCAAAGCAGUGUUCACAAGAGUAAGGAAGAUGUAACCAUUAGCUCAUCUCAGGGGAUAAGUUCUUCAUCAGAUGAAGGUAGCAAACUCAUACCUGCUCCAGGUCCAGUUGAAAACAAGUUCUUGGAAAGAGCAGGAGAUGCCUCUGCCCCAAGAUUUAACACGGAACAGAUCCAAUAUCGAGAUUCGAAGGAGAUUAAUACAGCUCUUGCUCCUGAAAGAAAACCAGCUGCUUCUCCAAGGCCAAAGCCCAAUGAGCUUCUAAGAUCUCAUUCAACCGACAGGCGCAUUUACAGUCGUUUUGAGCCAUUUUAUAAGAUUGAAAGCUCUAUUCAGCCAGCAAGCAACAUACCAAAUACUGGUGUGCACCGCCCAGAAAUAAAAUCCACAACUGUGGGCAAGAGUUAUGGCAGGUCCAGCCCAAUGCUUAAUUACAGUGCUGGUGUGUAUCACUCAUACCAGCCAAAUGAAAAUAAGUUCCGAGGAUUUAUGCAGAAGUUUGGAAACUUUAUACACAAAAAUAAAUGAAAUACUGUAAUUUCAAAUAGUUUUUAAAACACAAAUGACUACAGCUAUAAACAUUUGUCCAAAGAACUUUGUGGGCAGUUUUUGUAAUGUGCCAAUAGAUUUCUGUAGGGAGAGAGUUUGGGGUAUGAUGUGUAUGUUUACCAGUAUACUAAUAUAUGGUAAAAUUCUUCUGUGUGAUAGAGUUAGUUGUGCUUAAUUACAGUGUAGAUGGAAUGUCUCUAUACACACGACUUUUAAAUGGGAAUGGUAAAUAGAAUGUAAUUAAAUUGUUUUCUGCAGACUGAAGAUCUUAAGUCUCAAAUAGAAGCUUUAGUAGAGAGAGAUGGUGUAUGGAUUUGAAGCAUUUGGUCCAAAGUCUUCCCUUUUAAGAAAGGAUCCUAAUACUAUCAGGGGCCCUUUAUAAUAUAUCUUUAUGGGUUUUCUUAUCUCCAAAUUAUGAGAAGGAUAGGACAAAGCCUUUUUGGGUUUUAAUUACCUUUAAACUCUACAGGACAACUUGCUGUAUUUUCUUAAUUUCCCUGUGGAGCAUAUACAACCAUACAGUUUAAACUCUGUAGCUCAGCAUAUCUUUCAUUUUGACUGAGGUCUUUGCAAAAUAUCAACCUCAUGUGGUACAUGGUAGAAAUUUCUUUUCCUCAUUUUGUGAAAACCAUCCAGGUUGUCCUGCUUUCCACUCUGGACCAGAGGAGCCCACUCUGCUCUCACCAGUCAGAUGCUGAACUUUUAUGGUCAUUCCUUCCCUUCAAACUUAGAGCAAGUAGCAGAUAUUUGGGAAACCUGAAUUAUACCUCUCCUCUAAGAGAAAAAACCAUUGAGAAAUGUAAACUUUUGCAUAAAUUUUAUCUUAGAUCAGUAUGACAGCACUUAGGUGUUUUGCUUGCAAAAGUCCUUGCUCUUUUUUAUGCUUUGCCAAAUAAUAGUGGGAGCGCAGUGUUUUCACGAAAGUACCGUGAUAGACAUAAGAAGUGGCAUCUGGCCCAAUUCUUUCAUGACCAGAGAACCUGGUUGAAAGUUUUAAAUCUUUCCCUAUCUUAACUGGAUCAUCAUCAAUCAUUUAGAUCAUAUGAAACCGUUUGCCUUUCUUAGAAUACUGAAAUUAAAGCCCCACAUCCAUUAAAGAAACUUUAACUUGACUUCACUUCAUCCACAAAGGACAGAAUUCAAGAAACAAUGUAUCAUUUGAGACAUGUGAGAUAUUUCUGUAACACUUUAAAUAUAUCAACACCUUCUAAGUUGUAAUGUGGGGCAGUAUAUUGUUUUAAAAAUUCAAGAUUCAGUCAAAUAAUAUCUGUCGUUAAAACAAGGAGCAUCGAAGUAUCACUCAUUAAGAUAGCUUUCCACAGUAUUUAAAAACCACAAUGAGAACAUGACAAGAGAAAACAUGACAGUAGGGAAAAAGAAAACCUAACAUUUAGUGAGCACUUUUUUGGACCAGGUCUUGAGCUAGAACCUAUAGUUCCCACAACAAUUAUUUGGGGGCCACUCUUGUUCUCAUUAUUUGUGGAUGAUGACUGAGGUGAUAAAUGAGACUUUGAGACUCAGAGAAGUAAUGCUCCAUGUCAGACAACUAAUAAGUCACGGUACUAAAAGUGUCUAUGACAUUCUCUCAUAUCCUGUUAUCUCCCAAAUGUGUUCAAUAUAUGCCUCGCCCAAAAUGUUGAGAAUUAAAUGAGAGAAUGUUUAUAUUUUCUGACUCAAUGGCAAGCAGCCAAGAAAGCUUUAGUUGAAUUCCACCAGACAAUGGGACACAUAGGGCUCAAAAUAAUGAAAUUGACAUUAAUUUCUGAUUGUAACUUAGCAAGCCAGUUAUAAUUGUCAGGCCACCAUUUUGAGCUUGGGCUGGUUUACCUGUGACAAUGAAAAGGAAAAGGGAACUACAAGUUGAACUUGUGUCUGUGCUAGGCAAAGUAGUCCUUUAGGAAGCUAGGCAGGGAAUGGAACUCAAUGUUAAAUGUAUAAUCUUGUGAAGUAUUCACAAUAGCGCUAUGAGUUAAAUACUUCCUUUUUGCAAAUGAGAAAACUAAUCCUUCGUGAAGUUACAUAACUUUCCAAGAGUCACACGGCUCUAUAUGGGUAGAACUGGGUUUGAACACAGAAUUUGGUUUGAAUGCAAAAGCCUGUAUUUUUAAUACUAUACCACACCAUACAUUGCCGACUUCUACUCCAUUAUGAUUGAGGCAACUUUUCUGAAUGGUGUCUCUCUCUCUCUCUUUUGCUCUGUGUCUAUACAUUGCAGGAGUAUAUCAGAAAUACUGCGGUAACAUAACCCAUUUACAGCAUUUUGUAAACACAAAUCCAGAAUAUAAACUCAGUUUAACAUUAUUCAUAAAAGCAGGUUUCAUGAAUCCCAUUAUAACCUAGGGAAUUCCCAACUACUGCAACAUGGGAUUUUAUUGUUUUGGAAAGCUGUAUGUAAUCGAUUAGGAAAUUUGCAGACUUUCUAAUAAGGUAAUAGCAUACAAAUAAAACUGAGAGAGAAAAGUUUAUUUUUCAUAGGCAUAGUAGCCACUUGAUCUACAAAAGUUUUGCAAUUAAAAAUAACUGUUGGAAGGUGCAUUUGCUUAUAAUCUGAUACAGAUUUCAGCUGCAGUGAAACAAUCUAAUUGUUAGUGGGUUCAUUUUUAGAGUUCUGGAAAUUGUAUAAUCUUUCUAUGUUAGUAUCAAAUUAUUAAAAAGCAUUAGAAUUGGAGUUGAGUGAAUGAAAAAGAUUUUUCAUUUUGCUCUUGGAAAAAUUCACUUUUGUAAUUCUGGGCCAUAGUCCUUUACCCACUUACCAAAGACAGAAUGCACAAUUACCCAAACCAUACUGACUUUAAUAUUACCCAUUCGUUGUUAGAUGGGACAUUUUUCAGGCCUAUGGGGAAAAUGGGCUAAUUGUCAUUAGGCAGCUCUGAAAUUGGAAGUCCAAAACUGUAGAGCAAGAUAACUUUGAAACUGAAAUUACAUAGACUAGUUUUAAUCCUUUUUAAUUACAAGCAAAAGCCUGUUGCCUUUUUGUGCAGCAACCACCACCAUUUCUGGAAACAGAUAGCUUGUAAAUAGUUCCUGAAUUCCUCCUCUCCCUCGUGACAUUGCGAAGUGCAGGAGGCUUUGUUUCAUCUCCCUGUGACCUGUAGCUUCUGCUUUUGUACAGAUUUAUUCUCCCCUGCCAUUUGUCUUUAUUUUCCUUUUAUUUAUUUUUCCCUUCAGAAACAUCUGUAUGUCAGAAUCUAUGUGUAGUAACUUCCCAAAGUUUCUGUGGCUGAGAAAUUCCUCAGGGUGAAGGCUGAGCAAACACAUAAUACUUCAAAUAAUUUGCUCAGAGUUUAAGUUCUCAACAGACACUUCCAGACUUCAUGUAUGUAACCCUGUCAAGCAAAAUACAUUCUUUUUCUCCCCAUCUUAAUAUUGGUGGGAAGAUAAUAGUACAUAGAGGUACUUUCAUAGUAAAGAUUGGUAAGGUGGUUUUACUCUCUACAUAAUACAUUAGUUUGUAAGCAGAAACUCAAGAAAACAGGUGUGGAUUCAUAGCAGUUCUUGGCAGAUACCUUCAGAAUAGUUUAAGUGCCUGUAUCCUGAACAUGCUAGUGUUUCUCUAUCAUGAUUGGGAUUAGCCAUAAUUCUAACGUGGCAUAUUGAGUAAUGGGUAUAUGUUGGCAGUCUACUCUUAGGGAAGCAAAUAUCUUGUUUAUUUAAGAUGACAUCUAGUGGGAUCCAGUAAGCAAGGAAGAAGUUGAACUCUGGCUACAUUCAACUUUAACUUUACUCAAGAUUAUCCAGUUAUUCAUCUAUUAUUCCAAAGAUAUUUGUCACGAAAGACAAAUAUGACUCAAUGUGACUACAGCUGAGGAAUAUAAAAUAGAAUCAUUGUUUCACAUUAACCAUGUGUGAUAUUGUUUUAAAAAAGUUUUUUUAAUACUUAGUUUGGUUCUAGAAUACUUAAAAUGAAAAGGAUGAAAUUAUAAACCAAAGAGUCCAUUUUUAUAUACAUAAAUGUUAUCAAAGAAAUAUUCUUCCUAAGUAGCUUGUUUUUAGAUCUAAUAAAUGGAUAUUAAAUAAUUUUGUACAAACAUCAAUAUAUUGUAAGUUGUUUUUAUCUUCAUAUCCAACAUUUCUCCACUUAAACACGUGCUUUUACUUAGUGUUAUAUCAUUUAUAUUUGUGCACAUUUUUAAAUAUUUAUGAAUUUGAAAUUUCUUAAACACUUCAUUUUAUUUUGGUUUAGCAGUUAUAUUUCAUUCAAAAAUUUAUCCAUAUUUGAUACCCAGUGA